AUGCCUAAUCCGAAUACGGCAGAUUACUUGGUGAACCCGAAUUUCAAGACCAGUAGGGGAGGAUCUUUAUCACCGACGCCGGAAGCUUUCAACGAUGCGCGAAUCGCAGCACCAGCUACCCUUCGCAUGCUGGGCAAGCAAUCUGGAUCAAGAAAUGACCAGCAACAAGCACCACUAAUGCCUCCUGCAGAUAUUAAGCAGGGCAAGGAGCAGGCAGUCCAAAGACAAAAUGAUGCAUCUAGGCCUAAUGGCUACAAUAAUAGUAAUACCAAUGGUGGCGCAGAAUUGAGGCAAUUUCAUAGAAGAUCUCUGGGAGACUGGGAGUUUCUUGAAACGGUUGGUGCAGGCUCCAUGGGUAAAGUUAAAUUGGUCAGGCAUCGUCAAACGAAGGAAGUAUGUGUAAUAAAGAUUGUCAAUAGGGCUUCCAAGGCUUAUCUUCACAAACAACACUCUUUGCCUUCCCCCAAGAAUGAAAGUGAGACAUUAGAAAGGCAAAAGCGGCUCGAAAAAGAAAUUGCGAGGGAUAAGAGGACUGUUAGGGAAGCCUCUUUGGGCCAAAUCCUUUAUCAUCCUCAUAUUUGUCGUCUAUUUGAAAUGUGUACCAUGUCAAACCAUUUCUAUAUGCUCUUUGAGUAUGUUUCCGGUGGACAGCUAUUGGAUUAUAUUAUUCAGCAUGGCUCGUUGAAGGAGCAUCAUGCAAGGAAAUUUGCCAGAGGCAUAGCCAGCGCGCUGCAAUACUUACAUGCCAAUAAUAUUGUUCACCGUGAUUUGAAAAUUGAGAAUAUAAUGAUAUCCAGUUCAGGUGAAAUUAAGAUCAUUGAUUUUGGUCUUUCUAACAUUUUUGAUUACAGGAAACAAUUACAUACGUUUUGUGGUUCUUUAUACUUUGCUGCACCAGAACUACUAAAAGCACAACCUUAUACAGGACCUGAGGUAGAUAUUUGGUCAUUUGGUAUUGUUCUUUAUGUUUUAGUCUGUGGUAAAGUGCCAUUUGACGAUGAAAACUCAAGCAUUUUACAUGAAAAGAUUAAAAAAGGGAAAGUAGAUUACCCCUCACAUUUAUCCAUUGAAGCUAUAUCCUUAUUAACUAGGAUGAUUGUUGUGGACCCAUUAAGAAGAGCGACUUUAAAAAAUGUCGUUGAGCACCCAUGGAUGAAUAGAGGAUACGAUUUUAAGGCUCCAUCAUAUGUUCCCAAUCGUGUUCCAUUAACCCCUGAAAUGAUAGAUAGUCAAGUCUUGAAGGAAAUGUACCGUCUGGAAUUUAUUGACGAUAUUGAAGACACAAGAAGAUCGUUAAUCCGAUUAGUUACUGAAAGGGAAUACAUUCAACUUUCUCAAGAAUAUUGGGACAAAUUAUCCAACGCCAAGGGGUUAAGUUCAAGUUUAAAUAAUAACUACCUAAAUGCAACAGCACAACAAACCUUAAUACAAACCCAAAUCACAAAUAAUCAAUCGCAAAGUGGUUCUAACGAACCAGAUAAUAAUUUUGAAGAUCCUACUUUAGCAUAUCAUCCUUUACUGUCAAUAUAUCAUCUUGUCUCAGAAAUGGUUGCACGUAAGUUAGCAAAGCUACAAAGAAGGCAAGCAUUGGUCCUUCAAGCCCAGACUCAGCAAAAGCAACAACAGAAACAAAUACCGCUUGGCACUAAGAUCGCCUUGGAUAAUAACUCACCGGAUGUUAUGACCAAAAUGAGGAGCCCGCAGAAAGAGUCAGUACCUAAAGCAGAUAUUUUCCAAGUACCUGCAAUUAGAACACCGGGAGCCUCAAAAAACUUCGAUUCCUCAAGUAAACCCCCAUUACAUGUAAUGGUUCCUCCUAAAUUAACAAUACCUGAACAAGCACAUACUUCUCCAACAUCUAGGAAGAGUUCCGACAUCCAUACGGAAUUAAAUGAUGUUUUUAAAUCAAGUCCUGGCCCAGUAUCUGGCGAGUAUCAGCAACGUUCGGCUUCACCUGUAGUAGGUGAACAACAGGAGAAAAAUACAAUCGGUGGCAUCUUCAGAAGAAUAUCACAAAGCGGACAAUCUCAGCACCCUACGCGGCAACAGGAGCCUCUUUCAGAAAGACAACCUCCAACAUAUAUGUUAAAACCAACUGAAAAUUCUAUCAAGGUGCCGAAAAGCCAUACUCGCACUAUAUCAGAUUAUAUUCCUAGCGCUAGGAGAUAUCCAACUUACGUGCCAAAUUCCAUUGAUGUAAAACAGCGAAAUCCUGUUAAAAAUACCACCAUAGCACCUCCAAUAAGAUCAGCAUCACAAAAGCAAAGUAGCGAACUUCCCGCUUUACCCCAGAACGCUGAAUUAAUUGUCCAAAAACAACGACAAAAACAAUUACAGGAAAAUCUCGAUAAAUUACAAAUUAAUGAUAAUGAUAGUAACAACAAUGUGAACACUGUAGUGGAUGACAUGAAUAAUGAUAAUAGUGACCAUUAUCUUUCCGUUCCGAAGAGCCGUAAGUUACAUCCUAGUGCAAGAGCUAAAUCAGUGGGGCAUGCCCGUCGUGAAUCUUUGAAAUUCACUAGGCCGCCCAUACCGGCAGCUCUUCCGCCAUCGGACAUGACAAAUGAUAACGGCUUUUUGGGAGAGGCAAAUCAUGACAGGUACAAUCCUGUAAGCAGUAACUUUUCGGCUGUGCCUGAGGAUUCUACGACGUACAGUGACAAUACUAUUGUCAGUACUAACAAUGGAUCCCUUUCGGCAUAUUCUCAAGAGCUUACUGAGAAGCAAAUUUUGGAGGAAGCUUCAAAGGCCCCACCUGGGUCCAUGCCAUCAAUUGAUUAUCCGAAGUCAAUGUUUUUGAAGGGAUUUUUCUCUGUACAAACAACUUCCUCUAAACCAUUACCUAUUGUUCGCCAUAAUAUUAUAUCUGUUUUAACAAGAAUGAAUAUUGACUUCAAAGAAGUGAAAGGUGGCUUCAUAUGUGUCCAACAAAGGCCAUCUGUCGCGACUGCAGCAAUUCCUGUAAUAACUACUACUGGCGUGGAUUUCGAUUCCGGUAAGACGAUGGAUAUGCAAAAUAGUUUAGACAGCCAAUUAUCAAGCAGUUACCAUAGUACGGCAUCCACAGCAUCAAGAAAUCGUUCGAUAAAGCGUCAAGGCUCUUAUAAGAGAGGCCAGAAUAAUAUACCACUAACACCUUUAGCAACGAAUACACAUCAAAGAAAUUCAUCUAUUCCAAUGUCUCCAACUUAUGGAAACCAAAGUAAUGGUACGUCUGGGGAGCUUUCUUCUAUGUCAUUAGAGUAUGUUCAACAACAGGAUGACAUUUUAACAACAUCAAGAGCCCAAAACAUAAAUAACAUAAAUGGCCAAUUAGAGCAAAAUAACGCUUAUAGUAAUAAAGAGAGGCCUCCUAUCAGAUUUGAAAUUCACAUUGUGAAAGUUCGUAUUGUCGGCCUAGCAGGCGUACAUUUCAAAAAGGUUUCUGGUAAUACGUGGCUGUAUAAGGAACUGGCAUCGUAUAUUUUAAAGGAGUUAAACCUAUAG